CUGGAGGAGGCCAACUUUUCUUUGUUGCCAAUCAAAUGAUUUCUUCAGAGAAGAUAUUGAGUAAUUUACAAGUAGCCUAAUGAAUUUAGACCAUCACUGCAACCACGCAAAUAAAGCGAAACCUGUACAUCAAGUUUCCAAUUGUCAACUCUCCUUCCCCCACUCCACACCGCCACCGCCCCCCCAAAAUUAUUUCUAUAAAAUCCCAUAUCCUAUUGAAACUCUACACUAAGUCUACACUCCUCUCCUAAAAAAAAAUCCUUUCCCUACAGGAAAAGAGAGAAAAAUAUCAUCAAUUUAUAAUUUAUUCAUGGCCAUGAAGUUGAUGAACAUCUUCGUUACACUCCUAGCAAUGAUAGCCAUUGUUGCAGCUGCAAAUUUGGACGAAGAUUACAACGAGGACGUGGAAAUGCAGAGUACUGAAGCAACAUUGCCUGAAACACCAGACGAAGGAGAAGCAACUACUUCUUUAAGAGGAGUGAGCCGUUUUCUUUAUCAGAAGAAUGUGCAACAGGCCGAUUAUACUUGCAACAAGUUUCCUAGGGUUUGUCGUUUGAGGAACAGUCCAGGGCCAGACUGCUGCAAGAAGAAAUGUGUUAACGUGAAGACGGAUCGAUACAACUGUGGAUUUUGCGGCUACAGAUGCAAGUACACUGAGAUUUGCUGCAGGGGAAAGUGCGUCAAUGCAUCUUUUGACAAGAGGCAUUGUGGUGGGUGCAAUCAGAAGUGCAAGAAGGGAGAGUACUGUGUUUUUGGGAUGUGCAAUUAUGCAUGAUUUCACACUAUACGUACAUGUAUACAUACAUAUUUGUUCUGUCAGACAUUAUGACAGCUUACAAAUAACACCGAAGAGAAAGAAGAAUU